AAAUGUGCACCAGUUCAUGAUGAUGUCAGGGAUUUAUGACUGAGGACGUUUGUUACACAGUAAACCUGUCGCUCCUCCUAUAAAUGCUUCAGUCAUAUCAACACACACAGACUGACUAUUACACAAGUCGAUAGUAUCCUGAACUUCUGAGACACCGGUGAAGAUUCAAAGACAAUGCAAUUAGAUGAUGUGGAGUUAGAAAAAUAUGCGGAAACGUCAUCCCGUGAGAGCAAGACGGCCACAGACAGCCCAAAACUUCUGUCACACUCUAUUGAAGAAAUACUGAAGAAACCUGUCAACAAGACACUUAAAACAUCUGGUUGCACACAGACCAAGAUAAAGACGGAUGCUCCAAAAAUCACUCCAUACACAGCUCGAGGGUCCGGUCGCAGACGAGUGAGGACCACGUUCACCGUGAUCCAGCUGGAGGAGCUGGAGAGAGUUUUUCAGGAAACACAUUAUCCUGACGUUCACACCAGAGACCAGCUCGCCUGUCGAACGCAGCUGUCUGAGGGAAGAGUUCAGAUCUGGUUCCAGAACCGGCGGGCGAAGUGGAGACGCAGUGAAGCUAAAGCAGCACACACACCUCUGACAGUGCUGAGAGAUGCAGAACACACUCACCUCCAGACUCCUGCCCUCUGUGUUCACUACCUGAGUUUUCACCAGAAGCUCUGGCUGCCGGAGUCGAUCUGUCCUCGCAUUGGUUCUCCUGAACUCGUCACACUUCAACACGGUUCAUACUUCUGACCUCAUCCCCUUCAUGGGCCACUGCCAAACAGACAUUUUCACAAGAUCAAGGAUCCUUUCUGUGAAUAAAAGGACACAUCGUGUCUUGUUUUAUAUCGACUGUUAACAGCUUUUCCCUCAUGUGCUUUCUAUUUAAGAA